AUGGAUGAUGGACGGCUGUGCGGUGUUGCGGGGUUGCCAAGCGGAAGAAUCUCCGAUGAUCUGAGUGGCGCCACUGCUGCUGUGCUCUGCGCAGCAUGGCAGCGAGGUGGAACAACGACGCCUUGCACUGUAAGCAAGCGGUUCUCUUCCACGGAUACCCUCAAAAUCUACACGCGCACAGGAGACAAAGGAACAUCGAGUCUGUUUACUGGAGAACGGCGCAGCAAGGGUGACGCCGUGUUUGAGGCCUUGGGCAGCAUCGACGAGGUGUCCAGCUUCAUCGGGUUGGCUAUUGCCAAGAUUGAUAGUGAUAACCUGGAAGACCUUCGAAGUCAGCUCUACGAGAUGUUGGAGCACACGUCGCCACGCCUUUCCACGUCUGCCACGGAGGCGAGAAUCGAGCGCACGAGUGUGCCUGCGUCGUACACGGAAGAUCUUGAGGGGUGGAUCGACGCCAUGACGCAGACGCUGCCGCCGCUCAAGAACUUCAUCCUCCCCGGCGGCACAGAGCUGGGCGCUGCCCUCCACUGCGCACGGACGGCAUGCCGGCGGGCGGAGCGGCGCGUGGUUGAAGCAAAUGCACACGAUGAGAUUUCAGAAACCGCCAUGCAACUCAUCAAUAGGCUGAGCGACUACCUGUUCACAGCGGCGCGGCAUGCGACGGCAACUGUGGGCGGCGAAGAGCUCGUGUAUCUCAGCGCUACGAAACGCAGGGAGCGCUCUCUCACCCGCCGGACGGCCCAGCACCAGCAGCAGUAG